AUGGGACUCUUCCAGAUGCCUACCGCAAAUCAAAAACCCUUCAGCUCACUGCUCUGUUGGUGGGCGAUUCUCCGCUUCUUGCUCUCUUUGCUGCAACGCGGCCAUGAGAAUACGGUUUUGGAUGAGAAGCUCUUCAUCCAAUUUACAUCAUGCUUGUCCUGGGGACUAAUUCUGGCCGUGCUCUUCUUGGUUUUUGAUGGCAGUAAUCGCCCAUACAGCAACUACACCCAAUUUAGUGCUGUCUUGGUAAGGGAAAAAGACCGAUUUUUUGUUGGAAUUUUAUAUUUGCGAUCAAUUUUUGGCAUGAAAAUGUUUGUGAAUAUUAUUUGUGUCGAAAAAUCAGAAAGUGACAUUUUAUACGAUAAAACAUGUUUUGAAAAAACAGAAGGUUAGCUCGUAAAAGUUUUCAAUUAGACUCUGGAUCGACUAAAAUUGCAGUAUUUGUCAAGUUACUAAAGAAAAUAAACGGUGACAUGUUAUACGAUGAAAUCUGUUUUGACCAAAAAAUAUGUUUCACCGUAUAAAAUGUCAUCUGGUUUAUAAAGCAGGCGAAAAAGACUGUUAUUUGCUAUUUCAACAGAAAAUUUUUUAAGGUGACAUUUUAUACCAUCAAAAAGUACCGAUUAUUUGACCAACAAGUUUGAUCGUAUAAAAUGUCACCCUUCAAAAAAUAAAAACAAUAGCGUUCUUUGACGUAUUUUACCACUCUAUUUUUAGCUGCUCAACAUUGGAGCCAUAACUUUCUACGCGGCAAGUUUGAGUUUCAAAAUUUACGACCAUUUCGACGAGUUCGUCAAGAUGCCAAACAUCUUCCAAGCCUUCGUCGUAGUGGCGCUCCUUGUCUAUUAUAGCUGCUUAAUCAGUCUGGCGCAAAUCUACCUCUCCAUCCCACAUUUCGCAAAACAAAAAUUCGAAUAUGCCAAGUUGGUGGAGAUCAAAUCCGUUAAAGUUGUUGAACCUUGA